GAUUGCAGAAAAACACAGGCCCCCUCCUACUCCCUUCCCUUCCUCUCUAAAAUCAAAUCCCAUUCAUAUCUCUCCUCCCAGACUCCUCUAAGCUUUCUUGGCGGGAGACACGGGAGCCUUCGCAAUUCACAGCGCCAUAUCCACUAUGGGAAUUGACGGUGACAGUGUUGUAAAGGGUUUCGGCGGCGGCUGGGGCGUCGUCGCCAAACCCUGCGAUUCCUGCAAGACUGGCCCUGCUGCCGUCUAUUGUCGACCCGACUCUGCUUUCCUCUGUCUUCCCUGCGACGCCAAAAUUCACUGCGUCAACAAGGUCGCCUCUCGCCACGAGCGCGUCUGGAUGUGUGAGGUUUGUGAACAAGCUCCUGCUGUGGUCAUGUGUAAGGCUGAUGCUGCGGCUCUCUGUGUCACCUGCGAUGCUGAUAUUCACUCUGCUAAUCCUCUGGCCCGUCGCCACGAGCGUGUCCCUGUCGAGCCUUUUUUCGACACGGCUGAAUCGGUUGUUAAAUCCUCUUCUGUUUUGAAUUUUCUGGUCCCUAAUGAAACUAAUGUCUGCGACGGUACCCAUCACCACGAGGAGGUGGAGGUUGCUUCCUGGCUUUUAUCCAACCCGUCUUUCAACUCUAAGCUCGUGGACGGCCCUGAAAUCAAACCCCCUGGUGGUGAUCAUCUGUUCUUCAAUGAAAUGGAUUCUUUUAUUGAUUUUGAAUACCCAAACCCAGUCAACAAUCACAACGCUAUUAACGACAGCGUCGUCCCUGUUCAGACGAAGCCACUCUCUACGCCGGUGAUUAACCAUACCCACUCCCCUGAAAAUUGCUACGACAUUGAUUUUUGCAGAUCCAAGCUCAAUUCAUUCGGCUAUCAACCUCAAUCCUUGAGCCACAGUGUUUCUUCCUCCUCCCUAGAAGUCGGAGUUGUUCCAGAAGGGAAUUCGAUGUCGGACAUAUCAUACCCGUUGGGUCAAACCGUGAAUAGUGGAGCGGAUUCAGGGCUACCGUUAUCAGGAUCUGGCAACCAAGUGACACAAUUAUGUGGAAUGGAUCGAGAAGCGAGAGUGUUGAGGUACAGAGAGAAGAGGAAGAACCGGAAAUUCGAAAAGACAAUCAGAUACGCUUCAAGAAAAGCUUAUGCGGAAACCCGGCCCAGAAUCAAAGGCCGGUUCGCUAAACGGACUGAUAUGCUAUCAGAGGUUGAUGAAAUCUAUGGCUCAGCUGCUUCGUCUGUGUUCCUGACGGACGCCCAAUACGGCGUCGUACCAACGUUCUGACUAUGACUUGGCUGAAUCGCCCAACUGAAACGAAACCCAAUCCAGUGCUGCGUAGAUUAUAAUUCUUAUUGUGCACCUUUUAAUAAAUGAACGAUAGAUUAUGGCAAAUUAUGUGUUUGAUGAUGAUGUAAAAAAAUCAAUGUCUGAUGACGUGGCGGGGUUUUAGCCGUUGAUUUGCAGGACCAUGGGUGUUCAGGUAGAGGUUCGUUUACGCUAUCACAAGUUGCUUGUUUUUUUUUUUCACCCUCAUUUCCUCGCAAAUAUAACCGAUUUGCCCUUCCAAA